ACGUGAUCAGGCCUCUGUAGACGUGUAAAAUAGUUUGAGUAUAUGUGUUGGCGUCGAAGAACGAAAGUUGGUCAGUUUGUGUAAGGUUGGACGUGUUAGUAAACGCAGACUGAUCACUAAAGUGUUAAAAAAAAAUUAAUUUACAAUGGGAAUUAAAUUCCUGGAAGUCAUAAAACCUUUCUGUAGCAUAUUGCCAGAAAUAGCAAAGCCUGAAAGGAAGAUCCAGUUUCGAGAGAAGGUACUAUGGACUGCCAUCACUCUCUUCAUUUUUCUUGUGUGUUGUCAAAUUCCAUUGUUUGGUAUCAUGAGUUCAGACUCGGCAGAUCCUUUCUAUUGGAUACGUGUAAUUUUGGCAUCCAACAGGGGAACCUUGAUGGAGUUGGGUAUUUCACCAAUUGUCACAUCAGGUCUUAUCAUGCAGCUGCUUGCCGGAGCUAAGAUUAUUGAAGUUGGUGACACUCCUAAGGAUAGAGCACUUUUUAAUGGAGCACAGAAAUUGUUUGGAAUGGUGAUUACUGUUGGACAAGCAAUUGUUUAUGUGAUGACUGGAAUGUAUGGAGAUCCAGCAGAGAUUGGUGCGGGUGUAUGUUUACUGAUCAUCAUCCAGCUGUUUGUGGCUGGUCUCAUUGUCUUGCUGUUGGAUGAACUGCUUCAGAAGGGAUAUGGUCUUGGGUCAGGCAUCUCUCUCUUCAUUGCUACCAACAUCUGUGAGACCAUCGUGUGGAAGGCAUUUAGUCCUGCCACUGUGAACACUGGCCGUGGAACAGAAUUUGAAGGUGCUGUAAUUGCAUUGUUCCAUCUGUUGGCAACCAGGCAAGACAAAGUCAGAGCACUUCGUGAAGCAUUCUACAGACAGAAUCUGCCAAACCUAAUGAAUUUGCUGGCUACAAUUCUUGUGUUUGCCAUUGUCAUAUACUUCCAAGGCUUCCGAGUGGAUCUGCCAAUCAAGUCUGCACGCUACCGGGGCCAGUAUAGUAGCUACCCUAUCAAGUUAUUUUACACGUCCAACAUUCCAAUCAUUCUUCAGUCUGCACUUGUGUCCAACUUGUAUGUGAUUUCUCAGAUGUUGGCAGUGAAAUUUACCGGUAACUUCUUUGUCAACCUGCUUGGAGUGUGGGCAGAUGUUGGAGGCGGCGGCCCUGCACGAGCAUAUCCAGUCGGUGGAUUAUGUUACUAUUUAUCACCACCUGAAAACAUUGGCCACAUUCUUGAAGACCCAGUCCAUGCCGUGUUAUACAUAUUUUUCAUGCUUGGUUCUUGUGCGUUCUUCUCCAAGACAUGGAUAGAUGUGUCAGGAUCUUCUGCAAAGGAUGUUGCCAAACAGCUUAAGGAGCAACAGAUGGUAAUGAGAGGUCACCGUGAUAACUCCAUGAUCCGAGAGCUGAAUCGUUACAUCCCAACUGCAGCGGCCUUUGGCGGUCUCUGUAUUGGGGCGCUUUCCGUCCUGGCCGAUUUCCUGGGUGCCAUUGGGUCAGGCACUGGAAUUCUCCUUGCAGUUACAAUUAUUUAUCAGUACUUUGAAAUUUUUGUUAAAGAACAGAGUGAAAUGGGCGGCAUGAGUACAUUGCUGUUUUAAACAUCACAUACGCAUUGCAGUUGUGGAUUCAAUAUUAGUACCCAUGAUCUUGUAGCUUUUUUUCAGCAUUUUCACUCAAAAUGUUGGUAUCCAAACAUCGAAAUGAAUUCAUGUUUUACAUGGAAUAUGUGUUGAUUAAAGGCAUCAGGUCUGUGAGUAUGAAGCAUUUGUAUACACAUCUCUGUGUUGUCGCUGUAUGCAAGGAGAAUUUAAUUAUUUGGUAAAAUUUUAUGGAGAAAUUGAGUCUUUGACUUGAACUGUGGAUUAUAGAGACUAUUUUUAAUUACAUUUUUCCCCAAAGGAACCAGAUUGGACGCAGUAGCAAGCUGGGUUAUAUUGCAUGUUCUGAGAAUUUAAAAUAGUGCAUAGAAAGGAGAUGCAAGUGCAUUUAAAUUCCUGAAGAGCUUUCAGUGAGUUGUGAAUUUGGUAUGUGGAUGAAAUGGGGCUGGUAAAUUCUUGGUUAGUCUUCGUGCCAAUGUGUGUUUUGCAGUGCUUACUGACUCGAACAGGGAAUAAUUUAAAAUUAAAAUGAACUCGGUAAGUUAUUGAAUGAAAAAGUGUUGAUUUUUUUCUUCAGGGAUCUGUUAAGGGAACAGUCUUUGAUUUGCUUGAAUUCCACUUUAUAACAGUUUGAAAAUUAAAAUUUAAUAUAUUUUUUUAAAAACCAAUUUAUCUGCAGUAUUACAGUUCUUUAAUAUCCGGCUGUUCUUACAAUUCUCUCAAAAGUGUGUCAUUUGUAAGUAUAUGUGCUAAAGGUUAUAACCCUUUCAACUGCUGUUGCUGCUAUUUAGCCUACCUCCACAAACUGGAAUGUGUGUGGUACUCAAGUAAAGAAGAUAAAAUAUGAAGAUGGUGUGGUUGUGCAAUGCUGUUAAUAUAUGAGGUGUGUGACAUUUUUAUUUUACCAACUCAAAGUUGAUAUAUGGAAGAAAAAUAUGAAUUACUCAUUUUUUACAUUUUUGUUCUUUCAUGUUUAUUGACCCAUCUUAAGUUACUGCAUUGCAUAGUAAUGAGACCUCUGAAAGUAGUCAUUAAAUUGUAAGCUCCAUAAUUUCCUCAGUCACAAAGCUAUUUUUAAUAGAAUCCAUUCAUACAUAUCUCAGUAAAGUAUCGACCAAUAUGUCACUUUCCUUGAAGAUGCAUACAUAGCAAAUCAAAGAUACCACUGACAGGGAAAACCAGUCAGUGUUAAUGCGGAAGAUAUUUGAGAGAGAUUAUUAUAAGGGAUUUUGGUCAUUCUUACUUCAUUUCAGAAAGUUAUAGUUUGUAGUAUGUAUAUUCAAAACAAUUGGAACUAAAUAUUAAGCUUUGGAAAGUUUAUCUUUAAAAAUAUGUGGUACUUUUUGUAAAACCAAGUGUAAUCUGGAAUCCAGAUUGCUUUAUCGUAAUUGAUACAGUGAGAUAUGUGAAUCAAGUUAUAGCAAUGAACAUGACACAAUUUGGAGGAUAUAGGCUAUAUAUUGUGCAGACUACAUUCAUUACAGAAGAUUGAAACAUUUACUUUUAUUGUGGUACUUCGGUUGUGAGGUACAAUAACAUUUUGUGUAAGACUAAGAAUGUGGUAACCGCGUACGUGUGUUUGGAUUGAGCUGUGCUUUUUUUUGUCACUUGUGUGAAUGACACUAAAGUUAAGUUUGUGGCCAGACAUGUUUCUCCCCCAUCUAAUGUUUCUGAAAACAGAUCAUAUAAGGUGUAAGGUAUUUAAUAGUAAAUUUCCGAAAUUGUUGAAAUAAAAAUGUACAGAGUA